GAGUAAUUCUGAAUAUUUAGCUUCCUAUUGUAUUGUAUUUACCUUUUUGCAAUACUGCGCUCAUUUCAUGACAAUGACAAUAUGCCGUUGCUAUAUUCAUAUUCAGUGAACAAAUUAAUGGCUCCAGUUAACUAAUCUUUUGGUUUAUGGACACUUCAGUUCAGUGGCAGGCAACUGAUGAUGGUGUAAACUCAAACUGUGACUUUGUGAGAAUAUUAGAAAAUGGCAUCUGCCUCCAAUCAGAUACGGAGUACCAAGACGUACCUGUGGUACAUUUGUGAUGUACUUGGCACUGGGGCAACGAGUACAGUGUACAAGGGCCGUCACAAGAAAACUGGAGAAUUGGUGGCGGCCAAGGCGUUCAACAGCCUGAGCUUCAUGCGACCACAGAGUGUUCAACAGAGAGAAUUUGACGUCUUGCUCAAACUCAACCAUCCCAACAUUGUCAAGCUUUAUGAUAUCGAACAAGAUCAAAUCAGCAAGAAUCCAGUGAUAAUAAUGGAGCUGUGUUCCGGAGGAAGUCUGUACAACAUUCUUGACGAUCCGAGAAACUCCCACGGCAUCGAGGAAGAGGAACUGAAGCGAGUCUUGGGAGAUGUCUGUGCCGGUAUGAAACAUCUGAGGGACUUGGACAUUGUCCAUCGAGAUAUCAAACCGGGGAACAUCAUGAAAGUGACGUCCGAUGACGGUACUGCCAUCUACAAACUCGCAGAUUUCGGAGCGGCCCGGGAACUGCAGGACGAUGAGAAUUUUGUGUCUCUGUACGGGACUGAGGAGUACUUGCACCCUGAUUUGUAUGAGCGUGCCGUAUUAAGACAACCAUCACACAAAGCUUUCUCUGCAAGAAUUGAUCUCUGGAGUCUUGGUGUUACAUUCUACCACGUUGCUACAGGAGCACUGCCUUUCAGACCGUUUGGAGGAAGGAAGAACAGAGAGACAAUGUUUCAGAUUACUACGAAGAAGGCUUCUGGUGUGAUAUCAGCAGUGCAGAGAGAAUCUGUUAGUGGCCCCAUAGAGUAUAGUCGUGACCUACCCCAAACCUGCAGACUCUCAAGUGGGUUGAAAAAGCCGUUGGUCAAAAUCCUGCGGGGCCUCCUGGAGUCCAAGCCAGACAGAAUGUGGACCUUCAAUCGGUUCUUCGACGAGGUACAGUCGCUCCUGACGAUGAAAGUCAUUGACGUUUUCCACGUCUCCAAGUCGCAUAUCCUCAAGGUUUACGUGGAACCGAAGGGAACCCUGGCGGAGUUCCAGGAGCACAUUGCUGAGCAGACGGGGGUGCAGGCGAUGACGCAGGUCCUCCUGUGGGAGAGAGACAGCUUUUAUCCGGACGCGUCGCAAAAUUGCAAAUCGUACCCGGUGACGUCGGUGGAGAAUCCUAUCAUCUUAAUGGAGAAGGGGAAGCAAGACUUCCCAAUGGCUGUGCCUCCAGUUCAGCCCAAGUUGCCAAAAAUGAGUGCAUCGUAUGACAUAGACAAGGACGCUUCAAUGGCCAAGAUUGUCGUUGCUGUUUUGUACUACACAUUGUCGUGGUUACAGAAUAUUGUAUACAUGGAGAAACUCAUGACAACCGUUGCCAAGGCAGUCGUUUCCGUUUUGAAAGCUGAGAUCGGACAGCUAGAUUACCACUGUGUCAAACUGAAGGCUAGCGUAGUAGAGGUGUCGACGAGACUCUACAGCAUCCAGCAGUCUCUACCGUCUCCUCUAGUGUGUUCAGGCAUCUUGCAACGCAAACCGGAAAAGGUUAACAAUUAUUCACGGAUACUUGGAGCGAAGGAUGAGGUUGAAAGAACGUUGCUGAAAGCUACACAGAUGGCCGCUUUUUACAAUGAAGUUGAAAACUUAUUGAUGAAUUGUAAAAAGGAGGUGGUAGAAGAAGAUCGCCUGAGUAAAGAAUGGGCCGCUACAGAGGAGAAGAAAAAAACCUGCACAAAAUGUAUGCAGAAGUUCGCCGUCUUCACGGAAGAAGCAGAAAAAAUUUAUGGUCAGUUUAAAAAGCACAAACAGUUGAAGCAGCUUUCUUACAAUGAGGAGCAGAUUCAUAAGAUGGACAAAGAGAAACUAAAUAUUAAGAGCACUCAAGCGAUGUCGAUUUGUCACAGUCACUGUGAGAAGAACUGGACAGAGAGCCAUGGGGAACUCAGUACGUGGCAUGGGAAUGUUUACCGCUAUCGCUUAAAGAUCAAUCUAGUGGACCGGAAACUAACGCAACUCAUUAAGGAAUACCAAACCUUCUUACAAGAAGUUCAUAUGUUGGAUCAAGAUAUACAACCUCAUCUUGAUGACUUCUCGGAGACGCUGGUGAGCAGUUUGACGAUGGAUCCCGCUGGCCGGAGACCAACACAAGAGAAAAGAGACUCUGCCACUAACACAGAUUCAAUUCUUACUCAAUCCCCCGUGUCUACCGCUAAAGUCCUGAAGGAGGAAGGAGAGGACCUGGCAGGGGACUCGUCACUGAAUGAACUUCUGAAACAUAUGUCUGUGGAUGAGAAUGGAUGUGUCCUCAUACCAAGGUCCAUCAAAGCUGUAUUUGAAACGUGGGAGACAGAAAUCGACAGCGCGACACGACAGAUGGAGCAAGGACAGGAACAGCUCUACAAGAUGCAGCAAAUGUCACUCUCGAUGCUGUCUGAUAACAGCCUUCAGUCUGGCACCCAAUUCCAUCAAGGACUUUAUGGGCAAAGCCAAAUGCCUCAUGGGGCAUAUGGGUAUAAUAGUCAGGUCCCUGGGGCGUAUGGGUAUAAUAGUCAGGUCCGUGGGGCGUAUGGGCACCAGUGAAGGCGGUUUCAGUCAACACCAGUCAUUCUUCUAUCGAACCAAACUGUACUUUGCAGACCGAGCAGCAGACCUUAAACUUCGCCAUUGAAGGGACACAGCACUUCUAUGAGGAAAAUUUGCAUUGGAAAUUUCCAAAGGGCACCACAGCAAAAGCACAGUGCACCACAGCAUUGCUGUAGGUGUAGUUGGUUAAUUCGAGGCACGAAGCAGUGGGCGAUUAAACUGAUAAAUUUUACGGACUGUUUAUUGAUAUGGCUUUUUAAAGCAGACCUAUUCAAAAUACCAACCACCCACAUGACCUUUCAAAUGACCUUUGUGAAAGUUCAAAAUUCGUUAAAUUUGUGAACGCUUGUGAACGCUCGGCUUCAGUUUUUAUUGGCAAUUUCAACGGAGUCCUGGAUAGCAUGAGAUUUCGCAUGUUGUAGUUUUUGUACAUGUAUCUGAAAUACAUGUACAUGUAGAUAUGUUAAUUUGCACUAUUGAAAUGUUUUAUACUUUCAGACAUUUCUAUAUAAUUUAGGGGUUGAGAUUUUCAUCAAAUUUACCCAGUUGGUUUAUUAGUACUUUGUAUUUAUAAAAAUGUUGUGUAAAUAUAUAUAGAAAUAUAUUAAUUUGUAUGAAAUUGUUUAUUUUGUAAUAUACUGGAGCUGCGUUAAAUUUUUUGUUGAUGCACAUGAUGUCUUAUUAAAUUAGAAAUGUAAAAUAUACAAGCUCAGACAGGCCAAAAAUGCUGUUCUCAAAACACCCUUGCGCGUACCUCAUAAAUGGCAACUGUACCAAGCUCACUAUUUUGGAAAGCGUGUAAAUGCUGCUUCGCCUAAACAUUUGCAAUAAACCAUGUAAACACACACAGGAACACAAGCUGGCUCCCAAAAUGGUGCAAAUGAGAUUAUUCAGAGGUGUGAUUUAUCAGGAUAUUUCUUGAUUUCAGGAUUGUUCACUGAUCUCUCUGCACUUUCAGAUUUUCUUGAAAAGGCAAAGAUUGCCAUUGAAGAGAUGAAAGACUUGGCUCUUGUUGUAACCAGGGCCCAAUAUCUGCUUACUGUAAGCAAGGAAUCGUCGCUUCUGAAAGCAGGAAUUCUGUGCUUACGACAAGUCUAUUUAACGGGUUAGCGGGGAAUUUGUCUUGUGCGCGUGCACUAGG